GAUUAAAUUAACAUAUAGAUGGAUCACUCUGACAAGUGGCGCCACCUAUUGUUAUGGUACACUAAUCACAAAAAUUAUUCUAAAUUUGAUCGUUAGGUGUCACUGCAUUUUGAGCUUUCGAUCGUUAUCACUCGUGAAUGACCGUGAUCUCCGCCGAAUAUUCAAACGACUAAUCAAGAUAUCUAUAGACCGACAGACUUAAAUGUAUUUUUGAUUAUCUAUCAAUUUACGAAUUGACAUAAUUUUCUAAUAAAUUAUUCAAUAAGCGAAGCGAAAUGUCUGCGAGAGUGAAGUCGUGCUGUGUUGUUGGGUGCAAAAAUCGUGAUGCAAGAAGGUAUGUCAUUGCUGCUGAAGAAAAUUGCCGCAGAGUGUGGCUGGAACGUAUUGGCAAUGUGAAGAUGUUCGAAUUAAAUGAAAACCAAAUGAAAAACAUGAGGAUAUGUAAGACUCAUUACCACGAGGACUGCAUAGAAAAGAGUGGGAAGCUAAAAAGAGGUUCUUUGCCCUCGAUCAAUGUUCCAGGGUAUGCAGAAGGAGAUGGAGCAAUUUUUUUUAAAAACUCCCCUAUAAAAUUCCGCUCUGAAGCCUUGCUUAAAAACAUCGAGGAAUUAGGUCCUUCCACUUCAUUUGGUGGAAGCCCAAAACCUAGAGUGAUUGCACCCGAAAGGACCUAUCAAAAUUUUAAGAGGAGGAAAUUAUCAACACAUCUGUCCGAAUCAGACGUUUCCACUGAAUUAUUCUUCUCAAAAUUUUCAAAUUCUUGUGAAAAUGAAUCUGCGCUUGUAGUGAAAAACCCGGUAAGAUCGAGGAGGAGGGUGAAAUCACUCUCAGAAGGUGAAUUUUUACAAAUAACAAUUGAACUAUAUAAGAUUAGUAAAAUCAGUGUUAUUACAGAAUAUACUAAAGCAAACUUUACAUAUUCUGUUCACACCUAAUCCAACUUAUCCAAAUCUUCGUUAAAUUAGCUUCACUGUUUCGACUGAUAUGAGACGAAACAACUUCAUCAAAAAUACAGGUCCAACUCAGCAGA